AUGUGUGCAUUUGAGGAGAUGGGAAGUUCUUCGAGCUGUGAAAACUCACUGAAUAAAGAUAAUUUGAAAACUGCCAUUGCCGAUGCCAUUACAAGGCGUUAUGCAACUUCUAACAAGAACAUGGUGGAAAAGGUUGAGUAUGAUGCUGAUUCUCGCAUGAUUGUGGUGGAUGUGAAGAAACCCAAGGGAGACCGCAAGAAUGACCUGACCAACAUGGCCUACUACAUGGAGAAAGAUGUCAAGGUGCUGCCCCUCUUCAAGAACCAGGAAAAGUUUGCGGCCACUAUGGGAGGCCAGCAGGUGGAGAUGGAGAAGAUCCUGGUGUACUACGUGGAUGAGGAGCCCCCGACGUUCACCAUGAAGAACCUGUCUGGUGGGAUCAUCGCCGUCAUCGUGGUGGUGGUGCUGGCUGUGGUCGCCGGCCUGUUGGUCCUGUUCUUCGCCAGAAAGCGACAGAACCAGAGAUACAACAAAGCCCAGUCAAGAGAGCUGGAGCCCAUGUAAAUUCUUCAGGAGUCUAUGAAGAGUUGGCUUGUAAAUCACCUGUUUAGGAUUCACUUUUAAUUGCAGUGGGAGGGUGCCAUUUUGACCAAUUUACUUGAGGAAUAUGGAUUGUAAAGGGAUGAACUUGCUUGUGUUGUUUUUUUUAUGUUGACACUGCCGGUACCGCCAUUUUUAUUUAUAAACUCUCUAAAGUCUUGACACAACUUUCAAAUCUAUAUGCCAUAAAGAACUUUUAAAAAAUUAGCCUAGACCGUAUGCAGUUUUAUGUUUAGAACACAUUUGAAGGGUUUAAAUGUUGCGCCAUAGAUUGUACAGUUUGUUACUUAUGUGUGUUUGAUGGAUUGUUUUUAAUAAAAACGUUUUUAAAAGA